CUGAACGAGAAUGCAUAAGUAUUCUAAAUUUUCGCGACUUAGUUACAUACAUAUUCGCUUCGUAGUCAUUCUUGAAAAUGGCUCACCUCUACGCGACCUCCAGUUUUGAAGAACAUGCCGCAAAAUUAAAAUUUUUCACAGAAUGCCCCAUCCAGUGGGACGGAAAGCGGAAAUGCCUCCGUUACAAAUCCCCCGUGGGAAACGGUAAGGUUCAAAUUUGGCAUGUGAGCAUGUUUCUCAACGUGGACACCAUAACGGCUGGUUCCCUGCUGUACAACUUAUUUCAAGUAUUACGCGCCCUACCGGAAGAACCAUACAUGCCGUUGUCAGCAGCCUUAAUCUUGGCGCUGUUAGGCAUCUUGUCGUACUAUGUGAUUGUAAUCCACGUCAUGAUCUCGUUAUACGGGAAGGAUGCGGUUUAUGGGUGGAAUGAGGUGGUCAAGAUCGAAGACGAACUAGUGGGAAGGAUGGGACCCGUGGAAAAAGACGAACCCAAGAUGCCAGAAGAAUUUCACGCUACGCAUGCCGCCAGCUUGAUCUUUCUCGUACGAAGUUUCUCCAUCUAUCGAUUUCUCGUCCUUCCAUCUGAAUUUUUCAUGAAGUUUGACUGCUUCUACUUCAUAAUACGAGACCUGGAUGAAACGUAUAACCUUAGCCUGCCGACCAUGGUCAUCUCGAACUUGUUGCGUUUCGUGCUCCUAAUUGUCAACGUGUUCGAAAUAUGCCGCGCUCUGUCUCUCGUCAUCCUAUGCUUUGUCACCGCUCUAAAUAUGUGGCGCGAAUAAAUGAGGGGAUAACGACUCAUCUUAAGGUUCAGUUGGCAACGAAGGCUUUCGCACCAUUUCAGGAAUUGGGUACCAUCUUUUUAAUCCUAGUUGGACUCGUGGUUGUCGUCGUGUCCAAUUUCGUCAAGAUUAAGUUGUAUAAUUCAUUACCGCUUGUGGUCUACGUAUUCUUUCCCUCGGUGUCGGUUGUGGUGGCGCUCGUUAUAAAUCUCACGUUACCCCUGGCACAUGGAUUGCUGGAUGCUAGCACGGAAAUUCAGGGGAGAUGGGGCGCCUCGAUGGUGGGGGAGGGUAAUCAGAUGGAGUUAAAAUGUGGGAGGAGGUUAAAAAGUGUGCGGCCAUUUUGUCUGUGGGCGGGUUUCGGGGGGAGUAAGAUGUUUCGGUUAGACAGGGAGACGAAAGUGCAGUAUUUCGAACAAGUGGUCUCCCAAACGGUGACGGUGUUGUUGACUUAAAACGAAUUGCUCGGCUAAAGUUAAUUAAGAUAUAUACAUACCUACAUAUGUAUAUAUUUGUAUAUGUACAUAUGUAGGUCUGUAUGUGGUCGGUAUUAAAUAGUAUUAAACUUUAAAUUUCAAAUUGUGACGAAUUACUGGUUAAAUUAAUAAAAUGAAUUUCGUGCAACCUUGUAUGAAAUAAUUUGAAACAAUUUGGGAUAAUUCUCUCCCUGGGUUUCUUCGAAGGAUUGAAGUAAUUUGUGAAGUUUGAGAGUAUGGAUAAUG